AUGGGUCAGGGUCCCUCUCGUCUCGAAUUUGUAUUGUUUAGGUUGUUCGAUGUGUGCGAUGACACUGUUUUGAAAAGAAAGAUUUCUGAUCUCUGUGCCGUCAUUUUACAGCAUUCUGGCAACUGCGAACUGCAGAGCGCAUCCAGAAUAAUCCGGUUCCUCUCUACCGAACGUCACCGUUCUCAGUCUGAGUCAGUGCAGCUCAGACGAUGCUUUGUGUGCGUGGUACAAGGCUCAGAGAUCCAGCAGUGGUUGUUCACCACUGCUGACACCUGCCGUGUUAAUCAUCUGGGCUUCCCCUACUACACCGCCGGUGAGGUUUCAUUCACCGGCAUACAGAGUAUUUCUGGAACGGUGACUGCUUUCGUGUCCUGUCGCCGCUUGGAGACCCUGGUGAAUGUCCUGCUGGAGGACCGUGUGCAAAGCUUCCACGAGGUGACCAGGGACUGCAGGCAGCUGUGGGCCGAUGGACAGGAGGACGCCGCUCACUGCGUGAAGAGCUCCACCUUUUAUACGCCGGACAUGGACUCCGAGACCGACUCUGAUGGCAGUGAGGAGAGUCUGUCUCCUGAGGAGAGCGAGGUGCCAUUUAUCAGCUGCCACCUCCAAGACUGCGGCAUCACAGGCGUCGCCCUGAAGCUGCCUGCGCUCCGUGAGGCGUUCUCUACCCUGUUGACCAGCGUUCACCUCCAGAACUUGCUGUUUGUGAGCGGCAAAGAGCUGGUGAUGCACCUAGCAGCUCUGAACAAGCAGGAUGUGCUGGAGGUGCAGCUUUCCUACGAGGCUCUGAUUCGCUUGCUAAAAGGAGCAGCCAAUCAGAGCUCAGUCGAGCUGGAGAUGCUGGAGGUACAGCUACACUUGAACUUUCUGGACGUGCUGUAUGAGCUCGUCCUCUUCGGCUGGUUCCUGUACGACUCUGCGCCAGAGUUUAUGGAUGGAGGAUUCUUGGACCAACUUUUCCAGCACAUCAUGAGUUGGGACCCUGAGAUCUGGGAGCCUGUAGCCCAGCGGUGCUUCACGGUUCUUCAGGAUCAGCUGACGGAGUUCCUCCGAGUGGUUUUCUCGCAGCCACUAGAGCUUUAUGAAGAUCCUAAAGGCCUGGCUCAUGUGGUGCUGGAGCUCCUGAAGCGGCACGUCCGGCAGAUGCUGCAGACCACGAAGAAAUACUGAGCAACCCUUUAGUCUCUUCCUGUCUUCAUUUUUACACAUAGAUAGAAUGUUUAGAUUUAACAGCUCACUUUAUUAGGAACACUCUUGUUAUCAGGUUCUUGUUGCUCAGGUUUCUCAAAGGUGGUAAGUAUGCCGUUUUUUUUUAUCAUUUUUAUAAUGAAGAUACACUAACGUUAUUCGUGCUUCUCUUUCACAGGUUUAUUAGAGUAUUUUAGAGCUCUUUAGUCAGUUUUAUUACCACUGAUCAUCAUAAUGCUUGUAAGAUAUUUAGUGUGAUUCAUGUCAAGUUGUUUAUGAAUGAUAGUGA